AAACUCAAAAUAUUGAUGCAGUAAAUAAUUUUCUGCACUUUUCUCGAUUCAUUGCAAGACACCGGUUGUUAUUGUCUAAACUUUUUAUACUAAAAAUUGAGCUUAGUGUGUUUGUUGAGAUAAAUAGAGGAAAAAACGGGGGAAAACCUGACCACUACACACUAGUAUUAUGAACACAUUGCUCAGAAAACAACGUGGGAGAAGUUUCCGGAAACAUCUUUCUGACGUUGCUUACUGCAUGUCCAUUUCCUGUGUCAUUUUGUAUAUAAUAUUUACAUAUGUGGAAAGCAAUGUGGAAAGUAUAUGUCUCUCGAUCCCAUCACAGCUUGAGGGCAGCAUCGAACCCAACCUUUCCAUAAGUUCUUAUGAAGAGAUGUCAUCUAAAUUCAAAUGGCUGUACACAGGAGGACAUUACUCGCCUAAAUAUUGUAUAGCUAUUCAAAAUGUGGCAAUAAUAAUUCCGUUCCGAGACAGGGAGGAACACUUGCGAGUCUUGUUAAAUAACCUUCAUCCGAUUCUUUAUCGUCAACAAAUAAUGUACACAGUGUAUGUCAUUGAGCAGGCUGAUAAUAAACCCUUUAACAAAGGAAAGCUGAAUAACAUUGGAUAUAUAGAAGCACUUAAAGGAGACCAUACCUGUUUUGUUUUUCAUGAUGUUGAUCUUAUUCCGGAAAAUGACAAAAUUUCAUACGGAUGUCCAAGAAGUCCCAUGCAUUUAUCAAGGGAAAUUGACAAGUUUAAUUAUAGAUUGCCCGACGACAAAUUAAUUGGAGGGGUAUCAGCUUGGAGGAAAAGAGAGUUUGAAAUGGUCAAUGGCUGGUCAAAUGCCUUCGUUAAUUGGGGAGGAGAGGAUGACGACAUGAGUUAUAGAAUUAUUGCUAAUGGAUUGUCGAUAUACCGUUACAGAGAAUCAUUAGCUAGAUACACAAUGCUGAAGCAUAGACGCACUCCCGUCAACACUGCUAGAUUCAGUCUUCUGGAAGACAGUGAAAGCCGAUUCCCAAUGGAUGGAUUAUCCAGUCUGGUGUAUAUUCCUCCUAAAGUAGAAGUACAUCAAUUAUUCACAAAAUUAACUGUCAUAGAUUGAUAUUUUCUACGUGUAUUAUUGUAAAUAAAUUUAAUGAGAUUGUCAGUGUUGAGAGAGAAGAAACGGCUCGCUUGAUCAUAAAUCUAAUUCUAAUUUAGUAAAGAUAGAAACAUUAGCUCCGGAAAGCUUUUUUCCAACUACAUAUAGAUGCAGACCGUGAGGUGUACUACUACACCAGUGAAUCUCGUUAUGAUUAUCUCACUACAUGAUUUCAUCGCGAUUUUCUUUCUAGGUGUCUGUUACUUUUUACAAAUUAACUUUCUUUGAUGUUGUUUAUGUGUUUAGUCAUUGGACAUGCUCAUAAAACCUUUUCUUAAGGUGGCAGUCUGAAUUAAGUAGUACAAUUUGAAAAGAGGUUGCAUUAUAUUCUACAUCUUUUUCAGUAUAUCUAUAUUAAUUCAAUUAUGUAUUUUGUGAAACAAACUUUACUGUCGUAAUCGGGGGAGAUAUGGUGGUCAGUAAAUGACAAAGCCGGGAAAGGGGAGAUGGUGGUACCGACAUGCGCUAGCUUAAUAUUUUUCAUGAUAAGUUAUUAUGGUUGUAAUAUAGUUAUGCUUUAGUAUAAAGUAUAGGAAGCGGUGUGUUCUGAGGAAGACUUACCGAUCUCUCUGUAAUUCCUGCUUCCUUUGUUAUAUAAGCCUUUUGAUUUUACAAAGUGCUGAGCUCAUGACAUUGUAUAUAAUAUUUUCCGUUUUCCAUUCCGUUCUGUCUUCCGUCCCGUUGUCCGUUCCUGCUGUACAAUUCUCGCUCCCUUUUCCUUCUGCGGAGUUGUAAUUCACGCGUUCGCUGUAACAGGAGAUGUUGUUCUAAAUCGCUGCUCCCUUCUGUUUCUCUCUAAAUCCUGAAUCCUCUCAGACAUGAUGCUGAAAGUGAAUAACUUUCUAGCUCCACCGCACUUUCCAACAUGGGCAGCUUGAAACGCCCACACCUGACACGUGACUUACAGCUGAUCCUGGCCUACACCUGACACCUGCAUGAUCCCGCUCUUGAUAGACUAUAAUUGUGUGAAACUGUGAUCAGACUUUUAUAAUACUUUAGUAAUUGUUCAUUUAAUAUCUGUGUAAACUUUAAAAAAUGUUUUUUUCCCUUUAAAACAAUGAUAAACUCUUUGCAUGUUGACCAAAUUCAAUUCUAUAGAACUGGCAAAUAUCUGAGCUCAUUGUAAAAAUGAGCUAUUUUACGAAACAAAGUAAAAAAAAACUUUCAGAAAAUAUCCGCUUUUCCGAGAAGUCAAAGCGAAAGUACCCCGUUCAGAGGACUUUAAAAAUUCUGUUCAAUUUAUUGUUCAAAUUGUUCAUUCAAUACAUGUGUAAACUUUAAAAAAAUGUUUUCAUUCUUUCAAACACUGAUAAAACUUGGGAAAGUAACACGUAGCCCUAUUCCCUGUAUUCAUGACUUCACCUUAACGUUCUAGCUGGACCGCACUUGGCCCUCGGCAAACUUCACUCGUUAAUACCUGCACUAUCGACCGCACUUGGCAUCCGGUCGGCAUGGCUUCCAGCUUACACCUGCCUUCCAUCGGACAUCUGCAGCUGACAUCUGGUGCUCUAGCUUGACUGCACUUGGCACCCGGACUUCUCGACUCGCUCACACCUGCACUAUCGACCGCACUCAGUUGAACCCCUAUCGACUCCUGCACUGCUGAGCCCGAUAGCCUGCAAAAGUGUACUCAUUUGAACCCCCUAUCUAGUCUCGUUAUACUACUUACAUACUGCUGACCACGGGGACGAUUGCAAAAUUGUUUUUGCUAAUCCGAGGCCAAAUAGCGUAUUUGAUUAUAUCAAAUUUGAUGCAUUAUUUGAUUGAUAAUCUAAUUAUACUACAAUUAUGCAUUAGAUAAAUAAUCAGAAUUAUGAACUCGUACGACAUGUUUUGCAAUUUUUCGAGAAUAAUUCGAACAGAGGAAAGUAUCAGCUUAUGUUAAUUCUGAAUUGGGUUGCAGAAACAUUACUACUCAUUUUGCUUUUUACUACGAAGACCUGAUACAAAGGAUUUAUGAAUAUUUCAUGGAACUCGAGCUGCUCAUAAACCAUUAGUUCGGAAAUCGCCUUGAAAAAUCCCUAGUGGCAACCCUGGUAAUAUUUAUGCAAAUAGAAUAUUCCUAAUAUCGAUAUUAUUACUAGUGUUUAGUAAGUACAUGUCAGGUGCGUAGCCAGAAAGAAAAUGAAGUGUACAGAGUAUGACAAGGGGUUUAGGGGUCCGCCUCUGAGAACACCGGAAGCUCCUAGGUUUUACUGAUGAAGUAACCUAUAUUUGUGCAUAAAAUAAGGGUUUCUUGUCCAUGUCCAAAAUAAAAAGAAUUCACAAAAUUAUUUUACUAUGCCAACUCACUUGGACUAAGACUAACUUAGCAUUUGUUUUGUUAUGUUGCCCACUUUUUCUUCAGUCCUUUUCGACUGCUACAUAUGCUAAAGGUUAGUGAUAACAAGCAAUAUCAUAAUUAGUCUACUACAUGUAUAUAUGCUGUACGUUAAAGUGAUAUUCGACAUGAUGUUAGAUAUUAGAAAUUCAAAAAGGACUUUACCUUCGAUUAAGUGAACAUCAUGGUGUUUAUGGAGUUAUUUUGAGGCACAAAUAUUUGAACGGCAAAUAUCGCUCUCUUUUUUCCCCCCACUCUCUCAAAUGAUUUGUACGCAGUUGUGUGUACUUGCGUCUAGGCAGCUACAAGCCUGCAUGUAACAGUUACAUAAGAUAUUGAUGAAAUCUUUAUUAUUAGAUAUGAUAUUAUAAUACCGUAAGGCAUCUCGAUAGAACUUGAUCAGACAGGAAAUUUAUAAUUUUUGAUAUCUUCAUAUAAUCUGUUAUAACUUAUAAUAUUUUGUUUUGAAAGAGUUAUUGAAAAUGCCUAGCUAACUCUGAUCUUAAAAGAUCGAUUUAUUUUGUCACAGAGUUUGAGAUAGGUCUGUAUCGUAUUGUUACAUUACCCCUGUGAUAUCUCGAAGUUUGUCAUAAUGAAUUAAUCAACUCGUGACAUGCUUGAGACAUAAUUAUAUGUUGUAGAAAUAGAAAUUAGAGAUAUUGAAAAAUUAAAGAAAAUUAUGGCAUAUACUGCUGGACUGAAAUGUUUGAGGUGUCUAUCAAUUAUCUUUAUAAUAAAUAUGUGUAUGGCGGAAAUUUGGGAGCCUGUUGAAAUAAAAGCAGAGACAAGUUAGAUAUUUGUUGGGCACAUUAUUGUGAGUUUAUUUUUUUAAUAAAUAUUUCAAAGGAUUUCUUGAAAUAUCAAAACCUAUGUAUUGCAUAAAUGUGAGAUUCAAAGUAAGAACUUGAAACAUAUAUUUGAUGACAACCGAUAAGUCAAGGAUAUAUAGAAAAUGUGACAAAAAUAUUGAACUGGAUGAGAAUUUGUUAUAAGUCUAAGAUAUAUAGAAAAUGUGACAAAAAUAUUGAACUGGAUGAGAAUUGGUAAUAAGUCUAAGAUAUAUAGAAAAUGUGACAAAAAUAUUGAACUGGAUGAGAAUUUGAUAUAAGUCUAAGAUAUACAGAAAAUGUGACAAAAAUAUUGAACUGGAUGAGAAUUUGUUAUAAUCUUAAGAUACUAUAUAAAAAUGUGGCAAAUUGAAACGUAUACAAGAUAUCCAUCUUUGCUCAUUACAUGAGGAAUUGCUACAUCUUUGUUUUUAGAAAAUGUGAGAAAUUGCGAUACCACACGUUGAUGAGUACUAUGUACUAACUUUGUUUUAAAUUUACAUAACACAAAUAAUCACUGCAGUGCAUUUUACUAAAUUCAUGUACAUGUAUGUUAGUCUCUUUUAUUAUGUCAGUUUUGAAGAUAUAUGUGUAUUAUCAUUCAUGUUUUUAUGAAACUCGUAGAAGAUUGAAAUAUGAUUGAUGUAAAUAAUAAUUGUAUUUUUAGUGUCAUAUGAACUUAAGUAGAAACGUUUUUGGUGAAUUUUAAAGUCUAUGCUUUUGGAUGUCGUUGGUAUAUCCCCUUGCACUUGUAAAGCGAACUGGGCAAUCUUCAUGUUAACAAAUGAGUUCUUUCUACUCAUGUUGAUAAGCUGCAUUCACUUAUAGAGUUAUCAAUUUUACACAAGUAUAGAGUUAUCAAUUUUGCACAAGCAUAAUGAACAUUUUUAAAUAACUUCCUAAAGUAUCUGUAUUUCUCUGGCGUGUUUGGAUUCACAAAUUCUCCAAUCUGAUUUUGAAUUGGAAUCAACCUCAUUAUUAAUUACAAAAUAAUACCUCUACUUUCAUGUUUCGAUUGCUACCAGUAAUUAUGCACUGAACGCUGUAGUACAAGUCCUAAAUAUGCUUACUUUUGUACAUCUAAAUGAUUUCUGGAAAGGGGAAUAAAGUGUUUCAUAGCCCUUCAUUAUUAUGGUGGUGUGUUUUGACAUGAAUAUUUGUGGCACUUUUUACAUUGUACUUAAUAUAUGUAACCAAUAUGUAUAUUUUUCUUUUUUGUGUCCAGUUGUUUGUUUCCUAUCAAACUUAGUUUCAUUUUAGUUGUAUUUCAAAAAUGUUUCAUGCAUUUUAAAACUAGAACACAGAAGUUAUUUAUAAAAUAUGUAGUUGUGAAUGAUAGGCUUGAAAUUUUCCACUUAUUUCUAUUGCAUUUGGUCAGCGUCCGUGGUGCGUUAACACAUUGAACACUUUUAACUUCCAAUAACUACCAGUCAAAUUCUUUUCAAAUUUUCGAACACUGUCAAAACCUUACCAGUCUUCAAAAAUCUUCAUCUCUACAACCUCACAUCUAUAAGAAAAAAAUAAUUGCUUAGUCGUGUAGAGCAGGGAGGCCUUCACCAAAAUGGUAAAUUUCAUGAACUUUAGUAAACUCCAGGAUCGGGCCAAACUUGUUAUAUGUAGUGUUUAAGUGUAAAACAUUUCAAUAGCAUCUUCUUUAAUGUUAUUGAUACUAAAUUCAGACUAAAUAGAUAUAUUUAGAAUAAACCGGUAGCCCUUUACCAAAAUUGUAAAUUUCAUGUUCCCAGAUGUAGAUUUUUCGUUUACGGAUGAGGCCAAAAUUGUUAUAAUUGCUUCUGUUUAUCAACGUCAUAUACAGUUUAUAUCAUAAUAUGUUUAACGGUUCAGGACAUUGUUUCCCAUUCAUAUCUGUUUUUCCUUACAGAACAUGUAUUAUUUAGUUGUGUGAAAAUAAAGAAUGCAUGAACUUC